UAAAUUAAAUAAGAGUCAUCAUGUUCAUCAAACACAAUAUAUAGUAUACGAGAGAAACUUACGUAGAUGCGUGAGAGGGAACGCUCUCAUCAGUUUUUGAUGUGUUUGAACGAUGCUUUGUAUGGAGCUUUGCGGUCAAACUUGUUGGCCCAGGAGAUUAUACCACCGGUGGGAAGAAUAUACAAUAUUCUUGUCCAAGACGAGACAACACGAAAUGGUAUGCACAAAGGAGAAAGCAGUGAAGCAAGUGCAUCCGUGUUUGCUGUGAAGAAUAAGAUGGAGGUCAAAGAGCUUGUGUGCAGCCACUGUGGGAAAACAGGACAUGAGGUCGAGGGAGGCUACAAGCUAAUUGGGUACCCCGAAGGUUGGGUGUUCCGCGAUCAGGCUGGAAGAGGAAACGGCCGAGGAAAAGGUCGUGGGACUGCACGGGACGGCGGACGGUCGACCGCGGUGGCUGGACGGUCAACCGUCACGGGCGGACGAGGCGAAGCUCAUGCUGUUCAAAGAGAAGAAAAGGGACCGUCUCUGCUGCCAAACUUUGAGGAUUUGACACCUAAACAGUGGAAUGCUGUUCAUCAUUCCCUCUCGCUCUCCCCUAUAGACAACUCACCAAAACUCUCAGGUGAAAUAUUAAAUGAAGAUGGAUCGAGUAGCUCCACUUCAGUUGAUCACUUUGACGAUGAUGAUGAAGUGCCUGCGGAAGAUCAGUCGGACCGUCCCACGUGGAAUGGUCGACCAGAAGAAGGAGACAAUGCAGCUGAGCUACAGGCGGUUGACCUGGUGGACCGUUCUGACUGUCAUCAAGGCAGAAAGAUGAGUCCUUGGGAGAUCAACCAACGGUCGACUCUGUGGACCGUUCUGAGAGACACGGUCGACCGUUUGAGGGGCAGAGAGACAGAAUCCAGGGCGAUGAAGAAACGGUCGACCGUGAUGAGAACAACGGUCGACCGUCCCCAAGGCAGAAAAGGAGGCAGUGAGGAACCGUCACAGACGGUCGACCCCGUGGACCGUUCCACGGAUGGCGGUCGACCGUCCUCUUCCCAGCAAGCAACAGAGACCUUAGGGCGUGGCCAACAGGAAAGGCGACCAAAUUUCUCCUGCUUUGGGCUUUUCUUGGGUAUGCACAAGAAAGGAGGAUCUGGGUCGUUUGCGGUCGACUAUGAGUUUGGAGCUCGGACGAAGGGGACAGAGGAGUAUGUGGGCAAGUACAAGAGGAACUACAAAUGUAAUGGUGGGAAAGCUGUUGGGUAUAAGAACUUGUUUGGGGAACAAUGGAGUGCUUUUGUUGCUUAGAUAGCCCCUCAUCAAUGGAAUUCUCCAUCUUCGCUUCGAGCUCACAAUCCAUCCUACAAUGAGAGAUUGAAGAAGGCAUUUUUAAAAUGUGGAUAAAUUCUUCCGUGGUCUUUAUGUCUACAUUCAUUUUAUAGACUUUAGUAUAUCAACAUCAUAAAAGAAUUGAUCAUUU